CUUACCUGUCAUUUCCAAAUCUUAAAGCGAUUACAGAUUUCCAAUAGGUACCUCACUGGUUUGAACUAAAGGGACAUUUUGUAUUGACAAAAUGGAAUCGCCCGUGAAGAAAGGUUUCCUUAGACUGGAAAUACAGAAAACAACAUGGGAGGUUCCGGAGCAAUAUACGGCACUGAAAGCUGUUGGCUCAGGUGCUUACGGGACAGUAUGUUCUGCUAUUGACCAGCAGACCAAGGAGAAGGUGGCCAUUAAGAAGCUCUAUCGUCCAUUUCAGUCCCUGAUCCAUGCUAAACGGGCCUACCGGGAACUACGACUGUUGCGCCACAUCCAGCAUGACAAUGUGAUCUGCCUCCUUAAUGUCUUCACACCUGAUUUCUCCCUGGAGAAAUUCCAGACAUUUUACAUGGUGAUGCCCUUUGUGGCUGAGGAUCUCGGUAACAUCAUGAAGAGGAGGAGAUUGACUGAUCGCGUCAUCGUUUACCUCUUCUACCAGCUUCUAUGUGGCCUCAAGUAUAUCCAUUCUGCAGGGAUCAUCCAUCGGGACCUAAAACCUGGAAACCUAGCCGUGAACGAUAACUGUGAAUUGAAGAUCCUGGACUUUGGUCUAGCGAGACAUGCAGAGAGUGAGAUGACGGGCUAUGUGGUGACACGCUGGUACAGGUCACCAGAGGUCAUCUUCAACUGGAUGCACUAUAGCCAGUCAGUGGACUUGUGGUCAGCAGGCUGCAUCUUGGCUGAGAUGAUCACAGGCCAGGUUCUGUUCCCAGGCAAAGACAGCAUUGACCAGUUGAAGAAGAUCCUCCACGUAACAGGAACACCACCAUCCUCCCUGCUGCAGAAGAUGCAGAGCAAAGAUGCUCGUUCAUAUGUGCAGGGUCUCCCUAUCCAAAAGAAGAAAAACUUUAAGGAAGUCUUUCCCUCCUUGGAUGUAAAUGCGGUGGAUCUGCUGGACAGCAUACUGCUGCUGGACCCAGACACCAGGAUGACAGCUAAAGAGGGCCUCUCACACCCCUACCUCUCUGAGUUCCAUGAUCCAGAAUCUGAACCCGACUCCCCACCGUACGACGACUCCUUUGAAAGCAUGGAGCUUGACGUGGGAGAGUGGAGUAGUCUGAUCCACAUGGAGAUUAUGACUUUUGACCCCAGAAACCCCAGUGCCACUGCAAUGUAGCGGACAGACACAACAGAACACUCCAUCUUAUAAAAAGCAUCACAUUUCACAACAUGGUUUCAUGACUUCAUGAAACAUGAUACUGGAAAAAGUGGCGCCGAAGGAGAUGGCUGUCUUUUUUACGAUCCCGUAACUAAUUGUGCGAUUGUUUAAAAGCAUUGUUGGUUAAGGGCUUGUAAGUAAGCAUUUCACAGUGUUGUAUUCGGCGCAUGUGACAAAUACAAUUUGAUUUGAUUUGCUAUGUCAUCAUUUUUAUGGAUCCCUCAUGUUUUAAGGGUAGGUCAUGGUUUUAACUUGUUUUAAGGUAUACAUUUUCAGAAUGCUUUGUAAAAAUGAAUAUGAAUGAUGUACAACCUUUUAAUAUAUUAGUAGUAUUAUCAUAUUAAAUAUAGUAACGUGGUAAUCAACCACACCAUUUGCAUGUUUAUCCAAUCUAUGUAUGAACAAUGUUUUAUCUUGACUGAGUAAAACCUCAUACCUCAAAUCAAUCUCAUCUAUGAACACAUUUUCAUCUCUGACUCAAUUAGCAUUUUCCAAAAUUAAGCAUGUUUUGGUAUCUUAACUGAAAAAUUAUGUUUGAUGCCAGAAAACUACAUGUCAAUCAAUAAAUCCACCUAGUGUACAGUAGACGGCACAUGUUCAGUGUAAUGUAUAAUGUUCUUAUGUUGCCCUUUUUUUUGUUUUGUGAACGGAUUAGAUAGGUCAUCAUUUCAGUUCUGUUACAGCAAUAGUGUUAAGGUAAUAAGUAAAAAAUACUUUAAAGUACUACUUAAGUAAUUUUUGGGGGUAUCUGUACUUUGCUAUUUAUAUUUUUGACAACUUUUACCUUCACUACACUACAUUCCUAAAGAAAAUAAUGUACCUUUUAUUCCAUACAUUUUCCCUGACACCCAAAAGUACUUGUUAUAUUUAGAAUUUUCAUGGCAGGACAGCAAUAUGGUCCAAUUCACGCGUCUAUCAAUAUAACGCAUUGUCAUCCCUAAUGCCUCUGAUCUUACAGACUCACUGCAAAUACUGCAUUUGUAAAUUAUGUCUGAGUGUUGGAGUGCAUCCCCUGGCUGUCCGUCAAUAAAAAAUAAAA